AUGUCAACGCUUAAUAUUGGUGCAUCUUCCUCACAACGUAAAUCAAAGAACAAAAAAGCAGCUGGAACUCGUCAUGAUCCGAGGUGGGCGCAUGGAAUAGAUGUCAAUGGCGAUGGAAAAACUGUGAGAUGCAAGUUCUGUUCCAAUGAGUACAACGGUAAUAUCUAUCGACUGAAACAUCAUCUUGCAGGAACAAAGAAGAAUUGUGAGCCUUGUAUUAGUGUCCCUGAAGAAGUUAGGAAACAAAUGUUGGAGCUAUUAAAUGCAAACGUAGAAGCAAAAACACUCAAGAGGAAACAAUUGCAUGAUUAUGGCCAAGAACCUAGACAGCAAGAAACCAUUCCAAAUAUUGCAGCCAAUAUGAGGAAGAAUGUUGCUGGUGGUAGUGGCACUAAACAAACAACUAUAAGUGCAAUCCUGAAGAGAGAUCUGAGGAAUUCUGCAUGCAAAACCAUAUCACAAUGGUUUUAUGAGAAUGCAAUUCAAUUCAAUGCAACCAGAAGUUCUAAAUAUAAUCAGAUGUUUGAAGAUGUAGCUCGACAUGGUCCUGGGUUUAAGCCUCCUUCGUAUCAUGAGGUUAGAGAGACUUUUCUGAAGGAGGAAAUGAAAGAAGUGGAGCAUAAAUUGGAGUUAUUCAAGGACGAAUGGAAAGAUGUGGGCUGCACCAUAAUGUCUGAUGGAUGGACUGAUAAGAAAAGACGAUCUCUCUGUAACUUUCUGGUUAAUAGUCCUCGAGGUACAGUAUUUCUUGAGUCUAAAGACACUUCAAAGUUUUCUAAGACGGCUGAAAAGGUGUUUGAAAUGCUAGAUGCAAUUGUUGAGAAGGUUGGAGAAGAAAAUGUUGUGCAAAUUGUGACUGAUAAUGCUUCAGCUUACAAAGCAGCUGGACAUUUAUUGAUGGAGAAGAGGAAGCAUCUAUUUUGGACUCCAUGUGCUGCUCAUUGUAUGGAUUUAAUGUUAGAGGAUCUUGAGAAGCAUUUGAAGGUUCACAAGACUACAAUUUCCAAGGGUAGGAAGAUCACAAAUUUCAUAUAUGUUAGGUCAAUGUUGAUUGCUAUGAUGAAGGAGUUCACAGAGGGGAAAGAAUUGAUAAGGCCAGCAGUCACAAGAUUUGCUACAUCAUAUUUGACUUUGUCAUCUCUGAGUGAAAAUAGGGGUCAAUUGAUGACAAUGUUCUCUUCAGAUAAGUGGAGAAAGAGCAACUUUGCUAAUAUUCAAGAAGGAAAAAGAGUUCAGGGGAUUGUGCUUGAUGGUAGGUUUUGGGCAAAUGUGACAAAUUGUCUAAGAGCUACACUUCCUCUUAUCAAGGUUCUUCGUUUGGUCGAUUCUGAUGAAAACCCAGCAAUGCCUUUCUUGUACUUGGAAUUGACUCAAGCGAAGGAGAAGAUUAAGAAGAACUUCAACAAUGUGGAAAAAAGGUAG